CUCACUCCCACUCCCACUCCCUUCCACGCCAUGUCCGACACCGCUGGAAAACCCAUCACCUGCAAGGCCGCUGUUUGCUGGGCCGCCGGAGAGCCCUUGAAGCUCGAGACCGUCGAGGUCGCGCCCCCAAAGGCUCACGAAGUCCGCAUCCACAUCCUUCACACGGGCAUCUGCCAUACAGACGAGUACACUCGCAGCGGCAAAGAUCCCGAGGGUCUCUUCCCCGUCAUUCUGGGCCAUGAAGGCGGUGGGGUCGUCGAGUCGGUCGGCGAGGGCGUCACCAACGUCAAGCCUGGCGACCAUGUUAUUCCCCUCUACACCGCAGAAUGCAGGGAGUGCAAAUUCUGCAAGAGUGGCAAAACGAACUUGUGCGGUUCAGUCCGCGCGACCCAGGGACAGGGGCUCAUGCCCGACAAAAGCUCCCGCUUCACCGUCAAUGGACAGGCAAUCCACCACUUUAUGGGCACUUCUACCUUCUCACAGUAUACCGUCGUGGCCGACGUGUCCGUCGUCGCAGUGAACCCCGAAGCCCCACUUGAAAAAGUCUGCCUGCUUGGUUGCGGUAUCACUACCGCCUGGGGCGCUGUCACUAAGUUGCCCGGGAUCAAGGACUCCAAUGUCGCCGUCUUCGGCUGUGGUGCGAUCGGUCUUGGCGUCAUUGCGACGUCUGCCCUCGUCGGUGCGUCGCGCAUCAUCGCCGUCGACACCAACCCCGGCAAAGAGUCGUGGGCGCGCAAGUUUGGUGCCACGGAAUUCGUCAACCCGGCGAAGCUCCCAGAGGGCACACGCAUCCAGGAUCAUCUCGUUGAGAUCACCGAUGGCGGCCUGGACUUCACAUUCGACGCUACCGGAAACGUUCAUGUCAUGCGCGCUGCGCUUGAAGCAUGCCAUAAGGGCUGGGGUGUCAGCACCGUCAUUGGUGUCGCUGCUGCAGGCCAGGAAAUCUCGACUCGUCCGUUCCAGCUGGUAACAGGUCGUACUUGGCGUGGAAGCGCCUUUGGUGGCGUUAAAGGCCGCACUGAACUUCCUGGUCUCGUCGAGGACUACCUCAAGGGUGCAGUGAAGAUUGACGAGUACGUCACGCACCAUAGGACGCUCGCGGAAAUUAACAAGGGCUUCGACGAUAUGCAUGCUGGUGACUGUAUCCGUUGCGUUGUCGAUAUGUCUUGAGGAAGCACGGCCAAGGAAGAAGUAUGUGCGGGAUACAAACAAAUGUAGCAUGAAAGGCGUAGUGAAUUUGGCCGGUGGCCUGCAGACGAUCUGUAUGAUUAGCAUGCAUAGGAUGUAUUCAGGAAUGGAACGUUCGAUUGCUCCGGAUUUGAAGAUGAUAUCUGGAAGUACAAGCCUUCCAGUAGCAGCUCCCUUGGGCAUAGCUGACUCCUGCUUUGCUUAAUGUGAAAAAUAAUGGAGCUUGAAUAUCCACAAAGAAAUAAAAUCCCGAUAUAUAUCCAAGAAAGUACGGUUGACGAUUCUCUAUACGCCCUGAUCAACCAUGAUUCUUGGCGUCUUGUGCCCAGCCACGGCCCGCCACAACACCCUGAGUGCGAGCGCGACCUCGCCCCUCCGGACCCCCGAUUUCCUCCAAAGCGACCUGAUCACGGCCAGCACACAGAGGAUGAACGACAAGUCCAAAAACAGCCGGCGCACGACGAUUAGAGUCGGCGAGCGGUGCUCGUGGUCCGCCAGGAACGACACGAGCUGCUGGCUGCGCGCAACGACGCGCACGAGGGCCUUGAGCACGUACGACCACAGCCCCAUCUCGUCGAAGU